AUGCCGCUAAGGCGCCGUCGAGGCUCAUCCGGCCGCCGCUCCCGCACCGCCCGAGCCGAGCUGUCCUUCUCCGUGAGCCACAUGGAGCGCCUCCUGCGGGAGGGCCACUACGCCCGGCGCCUGAGCCCGUCCGCACCCGUCUACCUGGCGGCCAUCCUGCAGUACCUGACGGCCAAGGUCCUGGAGCUGGCGGGCGACGAGGCCCGCAACGCUGGCGGCCAGAGUAUCACCCCGGAGCUGGUGGACAGGGCGGUGCACAACCACGUGCUGCUGAGCGCCCUGUUCGGGAUGGCCACCAUCUCCCAAGUGGCCCCGGCCCGGCGCUAGGCGCCCAGUGACACCUGGGGCCCCGUUCCCCGGGGCAGGGGGGCCCCGGCAGCCCCGGCCUGCCCGCCG